UAGAUAACAACUGAGUUCUACGGAAACGCUUCAUAUCUAUGAUAAGGUUGCCGAGCUGUGAGGUCGUUCCAGUCUUCUUGUGGUCGGCAGCACGAUCUACCACCUACAGUAACCUCGGCUACUCAGAUCGCGCGGCACAUACAGGAAGGUCUACCUGUACCACGACAAGGUCAUCUUAUAUAAUCUCUCAACCGUAUUACGAGUAACCUUCACAGCAGUUUGGAAGACUGGCAGGCAAUAACAACAUUAUUAUGAACGUUAACACCCGACACGACAUUAUAGAACUCGUAGAUCCGCCUGAUGUCCGGAACGCUGCUGACCCUCAUGAGGGCACGGAACAACAUUUUGUUCAAACCCCUUCGCCCUGUGAUGGUGGAACUGCAGCAUGGAGGAUCCUGAUCUCUGCCUUUAUAUUCGAGGCUCUGCUCUGGGGAUUCCCCCUCUCCUUCGGAGUCUUCCAAAACUAUUAUAGUCGACUCCCUCAAUUCGCUUCGAAUCCCUACAUUUCCAUCAUCGGUACCUCGGCGUCUGGUCUAUCGUACAUCGGCGCCCCAGUCAUGAUUCCUUUGAUCAAGCGAUACCCAAGAUAUCGCAAACACAUGAUCUACACCGGCUGGCCACUAACCCUCCUCUCACUCCUUGCAUCGUCCUACGCUUCCACCCUUCCCCUCCUGAUCCUAACCCAAGGAUUAUUCUACGGUCUAGGCUUCACCCUCUUCUACUAUCCAAUCCUGAGCAUGGUAAAUGAUUUCUGGAUACAGCGCCGUGGUUUCGCGUAUGGCAUUCUAUGCUCCGCGUCUGGGCUCUCAGGUUGCAUCAUCCCUUUCGCCAUGGAGGCCGCGUUGAAUAGAUGGGGGUAUCGCAUUACGCUACGAGCGGCUGCGGGCGGGUUGGCGGUGGUGACGGGGCCGCUGUUGUUGUUUCUGAGGGGGAGAAUGGAAAGUGAACGGAGCAUGAGUUCGACUCAGCCUAGGACGGACUGGAGGUUCUUGAACGCGGGACAGUUUUGGAUUUAUUCGCUCUCGAAUCUUGUGCAAGGUUUAGGAUACUUUUUUCCGGGGUUAUACCUGCCUUCAUAUGCGAACUCGAUUGGACUCUCGUCGCGCCAGGGGGCGCUGCUGCUGGCUAUUAUGGGUACUGCGCAAGUUGCUGGGCAGAUGAGUUUUGGGUACCUCUCGGACAAGAAAGUGUCUCUCAACCUACUUAUUACGGUUUCGACAGCAAUGUCGAGUAUUGCUGUAUUGGCGUGCUGGGGUAUGGCAAGGCAGUACGCGGUUUUAAUUGUCUUUUCGAUUGUGUAUGGGUUUUUUGGGGCAGGGUAUACGGCUAUGUGGGCGAGGAUGGGAACAGCGGUGAGCAGUGACCCUACCGCUGCUUUUGCAGCGUUUGGGCUCCUCAAUCUAGGAAAAGGGGUCGGAAAUGUGGUUGCGGGGCCUGUUGGGGGUUCCUUACUCGGAAGUGCCGUGGACAGUACCAAGUUCGGGGUCGGUAAGUUUGAGGGGGUAGUAUUGUUUGCCGGAGGUUGUAUGGUCGUCAGUGGGUUGACGCUGGGGCUUGGGUACAUGAAGAGAAUACCACACGUGUGUAAGCUAUUGAUGGAGAUUUGGAGCAAGAGGCGGGAUUUCUAA